AUGAGGGUGAGUGAGCCUAUCGCGCAAGAGCCAGCGGCCGUCGAUGCCCAACCUGUUGGAGCUGCCCUCUCCGCGAGUCCGCUCUCGUCCAGCCUGGUCCAGUGGAUGCGGGAGGCAAGGAGCGAGAACCGCCAGGGCCGUCAUGUUAUUCGCAAGGGUUCUUUUGGGUGUACCAUGUGUUCACCACUCAAAGGGCUCACCUCACCUCUUGACUUUGUAUCUUCCCUUCCGUUUUUGGUCAUCACCAUGGCUUCGCCCAUCAAGGAAGGAAGACGUGGAAGAGUCCACUUGCCUCCCCACGUUGGCCGUUUCCCCUCAACGACAUUUUGGGCACAUAACGGUGUCUCUCCCGUCCCCCAGUCUAACGGCCAUUACGUUCCGUUUCGUUCCGCUUACGGUUCAGCCAUCCAUCCACUGCCGUCCUACGCCACCUUCCCUGCUUCCUUCGGUGCUUCCUCAGCCACUGAUCAAUGA